UUUAACCUUUGGGAUGGAGAUUGAGGAUGUGAAAACUUCAAGCCGAUUAUUCCACAAGUCUUCAUUCAGCAUCAGCAGCCUGUUGUGGAGACGAGAAGGAGUGAUGGGUGACAAGGAGUCUCCUUCUCAGUCCCAGAAAGUGCGCUCUAAUCAGCUUGCAAAAACCAGCCAGGAUCAAAACUUUGAAAAGUCAAAAGAAUGCGCCAAAGUGGAAACCAAAGCGGGGACUGUAACUGGGAAACGAGAAGGAAAUAAGGAAGAAUCGAGGGAAACCGGUGGGGCAGAAGAAAGCGUCAAACCCGAGAAACCUCCUUUUAGUUACAACGCGCUCAUCAUGAUGGCGAUCCGCCAAAGCCCCGAACGACGGCUCACGCUCAACGGCAUCUAUGAGUUCAUCAUGGACAACUUUCCAUACUACCGGCAAAACAGACAAGGGUGGCAAAAUUCAAUCAGGCACAACCUGAGCCUAAACAAGUGUUUCGUGAAAGUGCCGCGCCACUACGACGAUCCCGGCAAAGGCAACUACUGGAUGCUGGACCCCUGCAGCGAGGACGUCUUCAUAGGUGGCACAUCGGGAAAACUGCGGCGCAGAGCCGCAGCUGGCUCCAGGGCCAAGCUUGGGUUGAAGAGAGGAGGCGGUCGUGUGAUGCCCUCCAGCACUGCAACUAGCGUCACUCUGGCCGCAGCCAGUUCGUUUUACUGGCCGGUUCCGCCGUUUCUACCUCUCCAAGCGCCGGUGCGCACCCACCUUGGCGCGGGGACUUACCUGAGCGCGCACCCUCGCUUCUCCAACCACGCCACGUCGGUGGUCUCACAGCGGGCCCGACUGAGCGCAAACGCCGCGGACGCUGACCGGUUCGUGCAGACGCACCAAGAGAUGUCUUACAUCGGACUCAGUUGCGCGCAGUCCCGUCGCCACCAGAUCGGCGCCGCGUGCACCGCCUUCUCCACCUCCAUCCCCGCGUGCACGCUGCCGCUGACAGACCCGUGCUCUUUUAACAUGAUCUCCGGACAAGCCAGCUACUUUUACUCUCACCACAUACCGUGCGCCGCCACGUUUAGUCAAGAGGAGUGCGCCACCUCCAAGACACCAGCGGCGACGUUUUUACCCAAGAGCGGUCACUCAGACCUCGGAGGAUGCUGCGGUGACUUUUCAAAUUACUGCCCUCAAGUCAGCCAGAGCCCGUCGUCUUGGAAUAUAGAGAAAUAG